GCCCCCGCCGGGGAGACCCGGCAUCCGGCGGGGGAGCGCGCAGUCCUCGUCCGCGGCCCGCGGCAGCUCGGAGCCAUGCUGAGGAGCUGCGCCGCGCUCCUGCGCACGCCUGGGGCCCCGCGCGGCCGGCCGGGAGCCCCGCGGAGGUCAUUUUCUUCUGAGAAAGUCGUUCAGAAGGACUGUGCUCUCCCUAACCCCAGCUGGAGCAAGGACCUAAGACUCCUCUUUGACCAGUUCAUGAAGAAAUGUGAAGAUGGCUCCUGGAAACGUUUGCCUUCAUACAAACAAUUUUUUUCUAAAACUUUUCAAGGAUUCCAAACCCUUUAUCUCGACCCAAGUCUCGUAAAAGGAGAAGAACAUGCCCAGCUCUUCACAAGAAGCUUUGAGGAUGGCCUGGGCUUUGAAUAUGUGAUGUUCUAUAAUGAUGCUGAGAAAAGGGUACUUUGCUUUCUUCAAGUCGGUCCUCACCUGCAGGGAGCACCUGGAUUUGUUCACGGAGGUGCCAUUGCAACCAUGAUGGACUCCACCACCGGUACGUGUGCAUGUCGAGCUGGGGGGAUUGCCAUGACUGCCAAUCUCAACAUCAAUUUUAAAAGACCUAUUCCCCUGUGUUCUGUUGUUGUGAUAGACAGCCAACUUGAUAAAGUUGAAGGAAGGAAACUGUUUGUUUCCUGUAAUGUUCGAAGUGUGGAUGAGAAGACCUUACACUCUGAGGCAUCAGCCUUAUUUAUAAAGCUGGAUCCUGAUAAAAGUUUAAGGAAAAAGCGCUAAUGAUGGAUUCCACACCUUUCUGCACGAGGGCCUCCCUCCUCCAGAAGCCGUUGUCCCCACUCCUGCUCCGUCACCCAUGCUGAAUCCCCCACAAAGGAAGCCUGCUGACACUGACCUUUUGGCACAGCCUUCGAAGUGUGACUCCCAGAACUCUCCACCAUCUCAACUUUUGAGCAAAGAACAUUCCCUGUGAGGAUAUCAGCGAUUCUUUGCAUUCCUGAGGAUAAAUGUGGUUCUCCUAAAUCUGAACAGGCUCAUUAAAGUUGCACAAGCACGACAUCUGCCCUGCUGGAGACUGGGAGAAAAAAAGUUGUAUUGAAACCGUUGCUGUAAACUUCAGAAUACUGCAGCCAAAUGAAGGAGUAAAUGUGUGGGUUUGUGUGGGGUGGGUACAUGUGGAACUUGCAAAGCUAACUUUAUUGAAUCUGAACAAACAAACCUUUUCGGCCAGAGUAGGAAAUACAACUGGUUCCUAUAGGAAUGGAUACCUCAAAUCUGUGGUCUGGGGUUCUGGAGAUUAAACCACUGUACCAUUUUUAA